CUACAGAUAAUCCUGAUAUAAAGAAGGUAUUAUACCCUGGCUACAGAUAAUCCAGAUCUCAAGAAGGUAUUAUACCCUGAUUACAGAUAAUCCAGAUCACAUGAAGGCUGAGCUGACAGAUGCAGAAAAACACGAGAACAGACUGAUAUCUUGGGAGAAAAAUUGGAUAAAUCAGAUUCCAAGUUCCCCAAAGAGUGGUUAUGGUAGUACUAUAAAAGCGACUGAAAACAUGAGAAAAUCUCUGGAAACUAUCACAAAUCAACUCAAAAAAGAUUUGGCAAAGGAAGCUAUCAGAUUUCUCGAUUGUCCAAGUGGAGAUAUGACAUGGAUGCCACUAUUUCUGAGAUCAAGAACAGAUGUUAUUUAUUCAGGGUACGAUUUGAUUCCUGCAAAUAUAGAAAUGUCUAAAGCCAACUUUUCAAAAGAUGUUCUAUAACAUAAUGCAGAGCGGAUCUAAAUAUUUAAUUACAACGACCUUUCCUGGUGUUACUAUAAAUGAUCCCCUGAAAUAUUCAAACCAAGAAGUUUCAGG